UGUAUCCAUAAAUAAUAAAAUUACUCUUGUAUUUGUUUAUGCGCCGGAACACAAGCUGGCAACAUUAAGAAAACAACUCUUCCUUCCUUUUUACCUCUUCCACGUGAGAGUACGUCUUUCCACUUAUAAAAAUUGUUAAAUUAUAUUCUCGGUCACAAAUAAACGCAGUGCAGUAUAUAAAGUUUUAUUUUAUUGUUCCGGAUGGCCCGGGGACACACCAAAAUUGGCGACGGCAAGUAAAAAACUGUAUUUACAAUUUUUGCCAUGGCGGCAUAUGGAGUCAUAAAACCAUUUCAAGAUGGUGACGACAUUGAAUGUUUUUUGGAAAGACUGGAGCAAUAUUUCUACGCCAACAACAUUUCAAAAGAACUUCGGACGUCAGUUUUACUAACAAUGAUUGACGAAAAAGUUUACAAAGUCAUUAAAAGUACAUUGCAUCCGGAGCUGCCUAAAACGAAAACACUUGUGGAAUUACAAACAGCGUUACGCCUGAGAUACAAAACCAGAAUAUCUCAUUUUAGAAAAAGGACAGCAUUUGACAAAUUACAACAAGAAGAUGGAGAAACCAUCACUAAAUGGUACGCAAGAGUUUGUGACUCUGCCACGGAAUGUGAAUUCGGCACGUGUAUUGACGACAGAAUCAAGGACAAGUUUGUUACAGGCAUGAGAAGUGGGCCUAUUUUUGAAAGGCUGUGUGAAGAACCUAUUACUAAAAAGUUGGCCGAUUUGUUGGACAUAGCAUUGAAUAAGGAAGCAGUAUUACAUGAAAGACAAGCACCAGUGCAUCGGGUCACUAAAUCUACCAAGUCCACAAUUUCACAAAGUUCCAAGUCUCAAGGAUGCAAUGAUGAGGACCAUUUAAAUAAUCUCAAGGAGGUGUUAAAAAGAUUUAAAGAGGUUGGAAUAAGAUUGAAUAAGUCAAAAUGUUUAUUUUUUCAAAAUGAGAUUAAUUAUCUUGGUCACAUUAUAUCUAAAGAAGGUCUAAAGAAGGAUCCAGCUAAAUUAGAGGCCAUCAUCAAUGCUCCUGUACCCAAUAAUGUCACGGAAGUAAGGUCUUGGAUUGGUAUGGUUGGAUAUUAUUCAAAGUUUGUUCCUCAGUUAUCAGUUAAAUUAAAACCAAUGUAUGAUUUAUUACAAAAGGAUAGAAAAUUUAUAUGGACAAAAGUUUGUAAUGAUAGUUUUGAACAAGUUAAAAAAGAGAUUAUUUCUGAUAAUAUUUUAAUCCAUUUUAAUAGAGAUUUACCUUUACGAUUGUCUUGUGAUGCUUCGCAAAAUGGUAUAGGUGCUGUACUCAGUCACAUUUUGCCGGACGGUACUGACAGGCCUAUUAGUUUUAUUUCACGUGUUUAUAGCAAAGCUGAAAAAGGAUACUCGAUGAUCCAUAAGGAAGCUUUAGCAAUUUAUUGGGCAGUCCAAAAAUUUUAUCAGUACUUAGUAGGUUCCAAGUUUGAGUUACAGUCAGACCAUAAACCUUUGCAAGCUCUAUUUGGAGAACACAAGAGCCUGCCACAAAUGGCUGCAGGACGGCUCCAAAGGUGGUCCACAUUUUUAUCAGGAUUUAAUUAUACUUUUAAAUAUAUUAAAGGAAUGCAUAAUGUAAUAGCUGAUUGUAUGUCAAGAUUGCCAUUGCAAAAUAAUUCUUGUAUUAAGCAAACAAAUGAAUAUGAGUAUAUAAAUUUGGUAGCAGACCAAAAUAUUGUUAAUUUAGAUUUAGUCAGGUCAGAAACUAGGAAAGAUCCUAUUUUAAGUUCAGUAUUGAAUAUGAUACGUUAUGGAUUUCCAAAAUUUACACAAAAUAAUUCUCUUAAACCAUAUUUACAAAAGAAGAACGAACUAUAUAUUGACCAGAAUGUUAUUAUGUGGGGAUAUAGAGUUGUCAUCCCUGAGAAAUUAAGAUUACAUUUACUCAAAGAGCUUCAUUCUACACAUGAAGGCAUUGUCAAAAUGAAAUGUAACGCUAGGUCUUACUUUUGGUGGCCAGGUUUAGAUAUGCAAAUUGAAAAUUUAAUUAAAUCUUGUGAUGUAUGUAUGACAUAUCGUUCAGAACCACCAAAAGCACCAAUUAUUUCAUGGCCAAGAACUAAGGUUCCAUAUGAGCGUGUACAUGCUGAUUUUCUAGGGCCAAUAGAUAAUAAGAUGAUUUUGUUAAUAAUUGAUUCUUAUAGUAAAUGGCCUGAGGCAUUUAUUGUCAAAAGUUUAGAUUCAAAACAGACGGUUGAAAGGUUUAGGGAGUGUUUCAGCCGAUUUGGAUUACCGAAAGUUGUAGUUACCGAUAAUGCGGCAACAUUUAUUAGUAAGGAGUUUUCUGAAUUUCUUUCCAAGAACGGGAUAGUACAUGAAACUUCUCCACCCUUUCAUCCGGCUACCAAUGGCUUCGCAGAAAAUGCUGUAAAAACUUUUAAAUCUGCUCUUUUAAAAGCAUUAAAAGAUAAAAGUAAUCAUAAUACAUCUUUUGAAACAUUAAUGAAUAGAUAUUUAUUUCAUUACAGAAACUCAAUUCAUAUUGUUACUGGUGUUUCACCUUCUCAGUUGAUGUUUCAAAGGAAACUUAGAACUAGAUUAGAUUUAUUGUCCAUACCAAAUGUAAAAGCUUAUGAUAAGGGAGGAAAAAGAAAGGAAGCAUUUAAAGAAGGAGAUAUAGUUUAUUGUAGAGAUUAUAGAAACCCUAAUAAAAAGCAGUUUGUAAAGGCAAUGAUAGAUGAAGUAUUAGGAAAGAGAACAUAUUAUUGUAAAGUUUUAAAUGAAAAUUUAAUUUGGAAGCGUCACUUGGAUCAAAUUAUUAAUGCUACUCAAGAUUAUGAAAAUAUUGAAGAUACAGUAGAUAAAAGUUAUAAUGUUGAACCAAUUGAUACUUCUGAUAAGAACAGUACUGGUGGUGAGAAAAUUGUAAUUCCUCAAACCAUUUCACCACAGGGUGAACAGCCACAGAAACCUAUUAGCCCUGUAAAUUCUGAAACUGUUUUGCCUUUAGCUGAAGAAGGUAAUUCAUCUUUUAAUAGUCCCAUAGUUCAACCGACUAGUGAAAUUUGUAGUCCAGGUUUAAGACGUUCCGUUAGAGUUCGUAAGGCACCCCAACGUCUCAACUUAUAAAGGGGGGGUAUUGUGAUGUAUCCAUAAAUAAUAAAAUUACUCUUGUAUUUGUUUAUGCGCCGGAACACAAGCUGGCAACAUUAAGAAAACAACUCUUCCUUCCUUUUUACCUCUUCCACGUGAGAGUACGUCUUUCCACUUAUAAAAAUUGUUAAAUUAUAUUCUCGGUCACAAAUAAACGCAGUGCAGUAUAUAAAGUUUUAUUUUAUUGUUCCGGAUGGCCCGGGGAC